AUGGCAACGUUGAGGCCCAUAUCUACCCUUAGACAGCACACCUUUGCAAGCUCAAAGUCAUUACUGGGGCCACUGGCUUUCACGAUAUGUUCUCGACACCAACAGAAUAAUCAACGCCGGGAGAAGUCCUCAACAGCAGCGCCAGCAACAUCUACAUCGCUACCAAAUACGGGCGCCCUCCCCCUAUCAGGUCUCAAGAUCCUGGACCUCACCCGCGUCCUGGCCGGCCCGUUCUGCACACAGAUCCUCGCCGACUACGGCGCCUCGGUGCUCAAGAUCGAGCAGCCCGGCGUCGGGGAUGAAACCCGCCAGUGGCGCACGGCGGGCGAAUCGCAGAAAUGGAAGGACGAGCACCCUCUUAUGAGCCUGUAUUUCGCGGCCGUGAACCGCAACAAGCGGUCCGUGACGGUCAAUCUCAAGGAAAGAAAGGGGAUCGAGAUCGUGAAGCAAUUAAUCGCGCGGGGUUGGGACGGGAAUGGCACAGGCGUUAGCACGGGCGUGGACGUCGUGGUUCAUAAUUUCUUGCCCGGAAAAAUGGAAGCCAUGGGGCUUGGGUACGAGGAUUUAAAGAAAUUGGGUUCCGUGGGUGAGAGGCUGAUCUACGCGGGUGUGAGUGGGUAUGGGCCCCAGGGUCCGAGUGCGCAGAGGGCCGGGUAUGAUGCGAUUGCGCUGGCGGAGGCGGGAUUGUUGCACAUCACGGGCGAGGAGGGACGGCCGCCGGUCAAGCCCGGUGUGGCGAUGGCGGAUCUGUGCACGGGGUUGUAUGCGCAUGGGGCCAUCCUCGCGGCGGUGAAUCAGAGGCAAAGGACAGGGAUGGGAUGUUUGAUCGAGGGCAGUUUGUUCGAGAGUAGUUUGAGUUUGCUGAUUAACGUGGGGUUGGCGAGUAUGAAUCUGGAUGUGGACAAGGGGCCCGAGAAGAGGAGGAGAGGGAAGAGGCUGGGGUUGGGACAUCCCAACCUCGUGCCGUACGGGGGAUUUGAAACGAGCGACGGGAAGAUGUUGUUUGUGGCAGCGAAUAAUAAUAGGCAGUGGAAGGGAUUCUGUGAGAGGAUGGGUAUUGCUGGAUUGGGCCAGGAUCAACGAUUCAACACCAACGAUGGGAGAGUGGAAAAUAGAAAGGAGAUCAAUCGGAUUCUGCAGGGGAGAUUUCGCGAGAAGACGAAACAGGAGUGGCUGGCCAUCUUCGAGGGGAGCGGACUGCCCUAUGGCGCAAUCAAUGACCCUGUGGAAGCCCUGGAAGAGCACACUCAGACCAAGGCGAGAGACAUGGUUAUUGAAGUUGAUGACUUCGAAGCAGCCAGGGAUAAUAUGCUGAAGCUGAUCGGCCCAGCCAUGAAAUUUGAGGGUUCGAAGAUGGAACUGAGAAUAAAGCCGCCUUUAUUGGGUGAGCACACCGGCGAGGUCCUGGGCCAGCUAGGGUAUGAUGCUACAGAGGUAACCGAGCUGAGAAACUCCGGCGUUAUAUAG